AACCUUCAUGUUCUGGUUAGCUAGCUAGCUGCAAUAACUGCCUAGCAAUCGCUGGUUAGCUAGCUAACGUUGUUAGCGACGUAAUGUUAGCUAGCGUCAGCCAGGUCAGAUGAGGUUACUUAUAACAAGGCAGGACUAUUUCAAACGAUUGCAAGCUAGCUAAAACUUUAGCGGUUGCGAACUUGCUAGCUGGCUAAUAACGUUAGCUAACGUUACUUUGGAUAUCAAAACAUCAACAGCUGUCAAGGCGUUACAGCCGUUGCCCUAGCAAUGACGAUAGAAUCGUAAACAACCCAGCUCCAGUGUGUGAAUGGUACCGACCCACUAAAUAACCACCUUAAUGCUGGGUUUUAAUAGAACAAUGGGCAUUCCAUUAACCCAGCGAUUACCCGCUAAAUCUGAUCUGAAUUGGGCUUUAAUUGUAUAUAUUAAUAAACAUUUAAUGACACUGCAUUGUCUCCGGUAGGCAGCUCACAACUUGUGUCUCCAUAUCGUCCCUUAGCUAACAAGAACAUCGGCGUUAGAAGGCAUAGAAAGUGUAUGGGCUUCGUAUUUAAAGUGACCAAACCAGUGAACACAUUAGCAUAAGUCUCCGCCCCCACACUGACAAAAAUCAAUUCUACUCCGCACGAGGAGAAAGUGGCUCUUCGCGAGCGAGUAGAACCAGCUGGCGCGCGGCUCAUUGUUUUAUUCUCGGUGUUGAAAUUUGCGCGCGUGAAAGUGGUUUUGUGGUCGCGCAGUGAACAUCUGCUUGCGCCGAUUAUUGGCAUUAAAUUGACGACAUACUGUAGGCCGUCGCACACAACACCGCGUCUUUUGAGACUCUGUUUGUGCUGUGAGGUUUUGACGACGUUGGCACGAUGGCUGAGGCUCCUCUGUGUUCUGCGCUGCUUAUUUUUGGGGUUUUCACCUGGGCCCAUGGGGACACAAAGGUCAGGUUUGUGAAGACGAGACCUGGAGAGGGAGUUACCCUCACCUGUUCCACGACACUGAAGGGCCAAGAAGCCCUUACUCUGUACAAGACUCUGCUCAAGCCAGAAAAGGUUUUCUACCUCAACCGUGAUCCACUUCAGCUGACAGUAGAGCAGCCAUUCCAGGGUAGAGUGGCGACAGCUGGAGAAUUUUCAGCACUCUCUGUAACCAUUAGCAACCUGACUGCCAUCGACUCUGGCCUUUACUGGUGCCAAUACAAUAAAUACAAUACGCACACCCAUCAGCUGGAUGAGUGCCGGGGAGAAAGCCCGGUUACAGUGGUGGACAUCACUGACUCACCCAUCUGUGACAGCCUGACCACCACCGAACCGCCCAUCAGCGUUGCCGAAAAUAAAGGAUGCCCUCCUGGUGAUGACGCGACGGUCCUGGUCCUCACCGGACUGCUAAGUGCCAGCUUCGUGUUCCUAGCAUCUGUCCUUUUACUCAUCUGCGUCAUUCCCAAGGUGAAAAGAUUUCAUGAGAAGAGGGGGCAAUUUGAUCGUCGCACUCAUGACACUGUUUACGAAGAAAUGCAACCGAAGUUGCGCCAGUGACCCCCGGCCCCGACAUGUUUUGAUGUUCAGU